AUGAGUAAUGCAUCCAACAGUGAAGACAAUGAUUAUGAAGUGGACAGUGGAAAUUCCUCCACAACUGGCCUGUUGGGAACUGACAUUGAAGAGAGCGACAAUGAAGAUGACCAACCAAACACAGAAGAUGACAUGAGUAAUGUAUCCAACAGUGGAGAUGAAGAAGAUGAAAUGGACAAUGAAAACUCCUUCACAACUAGCCUGUUUGGUGCUGACAUUCAGGAGAACGAGGAAGACCUGUCAGAUUCUGAAGAGAGCAUGCUUAAUGCUUCCAGGAGUGAAGCUGGAAACGAUAUGGACAGUGAAGACUUGAUGGAAGGCAAUACUGGUGGAGAAAACAUCUGA